AAAGACGAGUCCUCCUUGCAAGGAGUAUUUAUUUUCCUCCCUCCCCUCCCGCUUCUUAAGGUAUAGUUGCUCUGUCGGCUCUUCCUGCAGCUCCUCUCUGGGGGAUUUCCAGCUCUGCAAGGCUUGGUCUCCGGAGCUGAGCCCAUCUGUCUCCAAAAAGCAGAAGAAAAGAGGCCCUGAGCUCCUUCUCUUCUCCAUCGCAGAAAGAGAGACGCAGAAAGCAAAGACGGGGAAGGGAUGUCGGCGCGCAACGUGUUUGUAACGGCUGCGUUUUCUCUCCUGGUGGUUCUUGCUACGAGCAGCUUGGAGAAUGCACUGGCUGUUAACAGCAAUAGUCUAAGGAAGGCCGUCCACAAGAGAAGCAACCAGGAUCCGGAUCUCAAGCAAUUGGAUAGUGCACGUCCAUUACGUCGCACAAAAAGGAGAUGGGUUAUUACCACCCUAGAACUUGAGGAAGAAGACAAAGGGCCUUUCCCAAAAGCUAUUGGAGAGCUCUUCAAUGAUGUUGCACAAGACAUGUCUAUAAAAUAUUAUAUUAGUGGACCAGGUGUGGAUGAAUAUCCAGAGGCUGGAUUGUUUUCUAUUGAAGAUGAUGCUAAGGGGCAUGUAUAUGUCCAUCGUACCAUUGAUCGAGAAAUCACCCCAUCAUUCACGAUACGUUUUGAUGUUGCAGAUAGGCAGACUGGGGAAAUAGUAGAUAGAUCCCUUCUCUUCAAUGUUGCAAUUAAGGAUGUCAACGAUAAUGCGCCUGAGUUUCCUCAAAAGGAAUAUAACAUCACAAUGAAAGAAAAUUAUAAGAGAGAAGACUUCAUUUUCAAUGUCACAGCCUUUGACAAGGAUCAAGAAGGCACUACAAAUUCUCAAGUGAAGUAUUCCCUGGUUUCACAAACACCUCGUCUAAAACAGCAAGUCUUUACUGUUGAUUCUUUCACUGGAGUGAUACGUAGCACAGGGUGCUUGGAUUAUGAGACUGCUGGAACUUUCCAACUUCUGAUCAGGGCUGCAGACCAAGGAAAUCCACAGCUUUCAUCAACAGCAACAAUUAAUAUUGCUGUGGAGGAUGGCAACAAUAACCUGCCUGUAUUUACUCAGGCAAAGUAUCAACUGGAUAUCCUAGAAGGCAAAAAGGCGCAUGACAUCCUUCGUCUCAGAGUGGAAGAUAAAGAUGCUCCUAACACACCAGCUGGGAGAGCCAAGUAUAAGAUAGUGAAUGGAAAUGAAAGAGAGAACUUCAUCAUUGAAACGGACCCAAAUAGCAAUGAAGGGAUACUAAGCAUUGUAAAGCCUUUGAUCCAUGAUGGUACCUCAAAGAGGAAACUGGUCAUUUCAGUGGAGAAUGAGGAACCCCUCUUCCUGUGUGAAAAUGGUUUGGUGAGGACUGUUCCUUCUCCGGUAUACUCGCAAACAUCUGUGGACAUUAAUGUAAUUGACAGAAAUGAUGCCCCACAGUUUAAUCCUUCCAUCCUUGUUCUUCGACAAGAAGAAGGAGUCAUGCCUGGAACUAGGAUUGGGCAAUAUAAAGCGAAAGAUCCAGAUGCAGCACCCCACAGCAUAAGAUACAAAAUAGCUUCUGACCCAAAUGGUUGGGUGACUGUUGAUGAAAAUUCUGGGACUGUGACGACAGCUAAAACACUUGAUAGAGAAUCACCGUACUUGAACAACAGUGUCUACACCAUUAUGAUUCAUGCCAUUGAUGAUGGUGUUCCACCGCAGACUGGCACGGGAACCAUCCAGCUUUACCUGGCUGACCUUAAUGACAAUGCUCCAAUGCUAGUUGCACCAUUUUUGGUAGUCUGUGAAGGAAAAUUAAAAACACCUUUCCGCAUAAAGGCGGAGGAUAAAGAUUCCCAUCCAUAUGCAGAACCAUUUACAUUCCAGAUAGUGGAGACCUUGGAGAAUAUGGGACAUUCUUGGAAACUGGGAGAGCAUUUUGAUGAUUCAGUUGAGCUCUUUAUGACGGAAAAACUUCCACCUGGCAAUUAUUCAGUGCCUCUCCAUAUUUCAGACAAGCAGGGGUUUUCCAGGGAGCAGACCUUGCAUGUUACAGUCUGUGUCUGCCGAGAUGGGAUGACGUGUGAGGAGAAGACCGCACGGGCCUCCAGAUCAGUGGGUCUUGGAGGGGGAGCCAUUGGAGCAAUCUUAGCUGCAUUCCUCUUAUUGAUAUUGGCUGUGUGUCUCCUACUGUGGUGUUCCAGAACCAUGAAAACCGAGAAAGGCCAACCUUUUAUCCCUUAUGAAGGCGGCAACCAGUCUCUGAUCCAGUACAAUGAAGAGAGUCAGCAUGUUUUGUCUGAGGACACACCUGAUAUGAGGAUUCAUACAGUAUCAUCCCCAGUGUAUGCACAAGUUUCAAAAGAAAAAUCACAAACUGCCAAGGAAGUACCAGGAGUGACUCCCUCGCAUUCACGAACUUCCAGUCAAGUGCACUAUGAACAAAGCCUGUUUGAUGGACCCGGAAUGACACAGGCACAGGUUGCAGCAAAAAAUGGAAGGCUAGUGCCACCCCUAAUCAUCCAAGAGGAUUUCCAAUCUAGUCCUGAUUGGGUUCAGCAGGCAACCAGGAUUCCUCAAAGCAGUAAGGUGAACUGGCAGAAGCCACAUGAUCCAGUUUCUGAAGCAGUGGGCAGAAUCUUAAAUCAGAAAGUGGAGUAUGUCAGCAACCUAGAGGACAACAUGGGCUCUUACUCCCCCCACAUUUAUGCACGGGAAGGUCAACUGGAGAAAAACGCAUCUUCUUGGUCCCUACCUGUGCCAAAUGAUUUCGAUGACGGCAGCUUAUCUUCUGAUUUCUUGGACCUGUUGGGACCUCGGUUUCUCCCCCUGGGCAGAAUCUGCAGCAAGUGAUUGACUGCUUUGGGCCUUUAGGAAGCCAGGAUCCUUCCAGAUUCAUUGGAACUUGAAAAUGCAUGCACACAUGAUCCUGCUCUGGAAGAUAAUUUAAGGAAUCCCUAUUUUUUCCUUUUGUGGAGGAAUUAAACUGACUUUUGAAGAACAGAAGAAUUCAGGGACUCUAAUCUUCUAUCCCCAUGUUAUGUAUGCUCCCAAGCUUUCUAACCUGCAGGAGUUUCCCUCCUUUCCCUUUUCUUGUGUAUUAAUGUAAGUUGUUUGCUGAUAAGGUAGAACAAACCUAUGUCCUUAUUUGUUCUUUCCACUCCCCUAACCCCAUAGUAAUCUUACCCAAAGAGCUCUGUUGUCUCUACUCAAAAGCACAGUGCUUGUUUAUUAUCCUAAACGGGGAGAAAGGAGAGCUAGUGAUCUAAUUUGUAAUCUGGGAGGAGGGGAUUUCUGUAAGGCUGUGGUAUGCAUUGUGCAAAGAAUAAUUCCCUAGCUCCUUACUCAAUGUCCACUUUUUUGAGGUAGUUGUUAAGCCCUGAGGGUUUAUUGGACAGCUUUUGUCCAAGUUGCAGUUUUGUAGUAAAAGGAAGAUAAAUGAGGCCACUUUUUCUGAUGUCCAGCAAGUAUCUGAAGAUCUAAGAGAGUGGCUUCAUUUUGUCUCUUCUGGAUGCUCAGCUGCCACUGAGAGCAACCUUUUUUCCUCCUUCCAAUAUGUGUGUCUCAAACAGAGGAAAAUUAGAAUUUCCAGGUAGAUGUGUCUAUUGUGGAUGUGUUUAUCUGUGGAAUGGUAACCACGAAGAAAGUAUUUGAAAUAUUUUUGCCACCCUUCUGAAGUUUUGCAGCUUGUCCAUGUUCCCCUCCUUCCCCCAACUCAUAAGGAUGCAACUUCUUGAGGAACAACCAAUUAUGCACUGAUUUCUUCAAAUACAGGACUGGAGAGGGAAAUUCCACUCACGAGUCACUGUGGCUGUUUUGAGAAACAAACCAAAUAAAUGUAUUCUUUUCUUACAAUCCAGGUCUAUGUUUCACUAAAAGAAAAAAAAAAUGCUAACAUUUAUUCUGAGGUGCUAAGCAAAUAUUUUGGUGAGUUGUCAGUUGUUUGCUUCUGCAUCAGCUUGUAGAAAAGGCUAUUUUGGUUUGAAAGUGAAGUUGAGGCUUCUAUAGAGAGGAGGAAUAGUGGCUUUGUGGUAUGGUUGAACUGGAGCUCUCAACAGCAUUAAAAUACAGUUAGUAGAAAGGAUGCUGAGAACUAUAGCUUAGCAACAUAUAGAGAGCCUCACUUCACAUGCCCCUGCUAUAGUGGGUAGAAUUCUGUCUAUGCAAAGGGUAGCAGGGAUAGCAAUAACUUAUUGGAUGGCGGAUACUGAGAAGCAUUUUUUUUCUUGUUGCCAAAGGGAUUUUCUGCAAGUAUUCUGUCAACUGUUGGCUUGUUUUUAUACAUGUUUGAUAUUUUAAAAAUAAAUACAUUUUUUUUAA